AUGACUUUGCGCUAUGCGGAGGGAGACUUUGUUUGCCAGGAGUGCGGAAGCAUGGAGUACGACGAUUGCAAGUUUUGCUGCCUCAGCUGCGGCACGGUGCACGACUGCUUUGACCCCCUGGGCCUCAGCGCGAUUGACGAGGACGAGCACGUCGAGGUCAGUGUCUUCGAGACACAGACCAAGCAAGGCGUCAGGGCGUACGAGGCGAGGCACACGCACUUGGCGGACCUCAGUCGACGUCGCUGGCGCCGCACCGUCCGCUGUCGUGCCGAAGGUGAGGGGAAAUAA